GGUGACGGGGCGCACGCAGCACCCCCCCAUCCCCGGGGGCCCCGGGGCAGGGCAGCAGCUUCGUGGAGGGUUUCCUUCCUCCGCGCCGCUGCAAGAACCUCUCAUGUGACCGCCGGCUUCCUGUGCGCUCCCCGGCCCCGGUGCCGGUGCUUCGGUACGUGCCGUGCCCUGCCAGGCGCUGCCCGAGCGCUGCGCCCUCGCCGACGGGCCCCGGCACCAUGCUGCGCCGCAAGCCCUCCAACGCCGGCGAGAAGGAGCCGGGACACAAGAAGCUCUCCCUCCAGCGCUCCAGCAGCUUCAAGGACUUCGCCAAGUCCAAAGUCAGCUCCCCGGUGCCGAGCGAGAAGGAGUUCAACCUGGAGGAGAACAUCCCCGAGGAUGAGUCCAGCAGCGCCGGCCCCGACGAGGCCGCGCGGAGCAGUGGGAUGAAGCUGAGCAAGAGGUGGAGGGCCGUCAUCUCCCGCACCAUGAACCGCAAGAUGGGCAGGAUGGCCGUGAAGGCGCUAGCCGAGGGGAAGGGAGACGUGGAGGAGGAGGGGUCCCCGUGCCCCCUGUCCCCAGCCGGCAGCACGGAGGAGCCGAGCCGGGAAAAGGUGCCGCUGUCUUACCUGGAGAUGGAGGAAGAGGGGCACCCACCGCUCAGCCGCCAGCCGUCCAGCGGCAGUGAAGUUUCCAGUCCCGGCCUCGGGGGCAGCAACUGGGACAGCGUGCGGCUGGAGGAGAGCGGCCCAGCCUACGCCGGCCCCUUCUGCGGCCGGGCUCGCGUCCACACCGACUUCACCCCCAGCCCUUACGACAAGGACUCGCUGAAGCUGCGGAAAGGGGACAUCAUCGGCAUCAUCGAGCAGCCGCCCAUGGGCACCUGGACCGGGCUGCUCAACAACAGGGUGGGCUCCUUCAAGUUCAUCUACGUGGACGUCAUCCCCGAGGAGACGGCCCCCCCCCGCAAGAGCCGGGGGCCCGGCAAGAGCAAGCGGCUCAAGCCCAAGACCCUCCACGAGCUGCUGGAGCGCAUCAACCUGCAGGAGCACACCUCCACCCUGCUGCUGAACGGCUACCAGACCCUGGAGGACUUCAAGGAGCUGCGGGAGACCCACCUCAGCGAGCUGAACAUCACGGACCCCCAGCACCGCGCCAAGCUGCUGACGGCCGCCGAGCUCCUCCUGGAUUACGACACAGCGAGCGAGCCGGAGGAAGGCGACAGCGCCGGAGCGCAGCCUUCGCCCUCGGAGCCCAAGGGGGACAUUCCCCGGGACUCGGGCUGCUUCGAGGGGUCGGAGGCCCUGGACGGCAGCCGGGACGAGGCCGAGCCGGGGGGUCCCGAGGGGCAGCCGCGGGCUGUCUCGGUGGCAGAGUCCUCCUGAGCUCGCUCUGCCUGCCCCGCCGCGGGCGCGGCCCCGCAGCCGCUUUGCCGCUCCGGCCCGGAGGGGACGUCCCCGUCCCCGUCGUCCCCCCACCGCCACCACCACCCCGGGGGCACCGCGGGCACCGGAUCGCCUCUCCUGGGUUUGGCCCACUUUCGCCGACAGCUUUCGGAGCUGCUCCCGGAGCCCUCGCCCCGCCGGGCUCAGCGCCCCGGGAGCCUGCAAGGACAGGGGGGGCCCGCGGCGGGCAGGGACGGAGCAAACCCAGCGCUGAGCACGGAGAGGUGUGUGUGUGUGUGUCCCCCCCCCACGCCCCGAGCCCAGCUCCUCCCCCCGCAGCGAGGACGCCCGCCCGGCCUUCCCCCCCGCAUCUUCCUCGCACAGCCUGGGGAAAGGUUUGCUGGCAAGUUUGGGCGCCCAGCAAGGGCACCGCCAGCCCCCCCCCCCCCCCCCUCCCUCGGCCCCCCAGGGCUGCCCGCAGCUUGCCACCGAGCCCGCUCUGGGGUGGGGGGGGCUACGAGAGGGAGACGGAGCAACCACCCCGCAGGCAGACGGGCUCGGCGGGACAGUCCCAGACCACCACAUCCCCCCCCCCAAAGCACCGGCCACCCCCCACCCCGGGAAGGGGCAGGGGGGCUGCAGCUCCCAUCGGGGAGCAAAUAAAAGCGGCUGGUCCCCGGGCGGGGGUGCCCAGCCCGGCCUUCGGGCACCCAGGUUGUUCCUUUGUGCUCCAUCCCAAUAAAAUCCCGCAAGACCCUGUC